UUUUUUGUUAUUUGCCAAACAAUAGGAGACGUCGUACUCGAAAUUAAAAUAAAAUCGGUGACCGGAUCAGAUCUUAAUUGUUGCACUUAAUGACUCGCCGGCCUGAAUAGUGCAAUCGGUUAAUAUAAUACUGAGUGAACUGGAUUGUUUCGGGCCCCCUGGAGUCAUAGGUUAUCCGAACCCGAAUCGCUCCAUCGGGAAUUAUUAAUUGUGUACGAAACUAAGCGAUGAACAAGGUGGGCAAGCACAUUCAAAGCGGCAUCUCAGGGCUGGGUGGAACACCAAACUCUGCACUCACCACGGCGGCUUUACUGGGAUCUCCACUGGAGGCGACCAAUGGAGCUGGGUCGGCCACUACUACAAAUGUGUUCAACUCCAUCAUGAGCUUCCUGCCAGACAAUCGGCCAAUCACCUCACUGCACAUCGUCGAAGAUUUCGAUCGCUGCCCGAAAAACUUUAAUGCCAUCAGUCGAACCUACGACCAGGAUUCGGAUGCGGAUCUUUGGCGUGACUACAGCCUGUUUGGGCGCCAGAAUACGCGCUAUCUGUGCCUGUCCAAGUCCGAAGGAUUGCCUGAAUACGUGGUAGAGACUCUACAAGUAAUUGCGGAUAAAACAGCACCGCCCAAGGAAUUCUCGCAGGUGUCGCGCACUGCCGACAGUGACCAGAAGGCCUGGCGCAAACGACAGGUUAUCUACAAGCUCUCCAAGCGGGGUACUGUGACCCAGGCGGUCACCGACAUUAUACUAUGCUCCAAACUAAAAGCAGCACCAGAUGGCUUUAAGCUGGCUGGCGAUAUCAACGGAGUGCUUAUCUGCUACAAGACGAGCGCGAUUCCAAUGCGGCUGUCCCCACCAGUGCCGGGUGGUGGAGUUCCAGCUCCAGCCACCUGCGAGGUGGAGCAGGCCCUCAAUCGCCUAAACCUACAGGGCCAGCGUAAUUCUCGUGGACCACUGCCACAGCCACCGACUGAACACCAUGAUUAUGAAGAGAUCCAAGCCAAUUAUCAAAUUAACUCGCCCCAGCGACCGGCCCCACCCCGUCCAGCGGGAAUGGGUUCCAGCGGAGGAGGACGUGGGAUUUACGGCGGAACCGGCACCUUGGGCACUUACACUGAACUGGAGGGAGUGCCUUUUGUCAUGGACAUUAGGCUGCAGCGUAACCAAGCUGUAACUGAUAUACCUACACUGCCAGAAAUCUCCACGUUGCUUAAGACUCUAGAUUAUGACUUCCAAUUGGAACGUCAGAUAUUGUGCACCAUGAAGUCAUCAGCAUCGAAGAACCCGUUCUUUAAGUAGAAUUGCAAAACUUUAAUAGGAAACGUCACAAGCGUUAGCAAUGUAUACAACAAAGCAUAAGAACCGGAAAUGAGUGGAUUUUAUAUAUAAUUUAGCGUAAGCUUUAUCAGAUCUGAUGCGCAUACGGCAGCUGCCAUGGUAAACCCAGUAGUUAUUCAGUUGAAUUCAGUUCUGAGGACCCUAGACCCUUAGAGUAAAAUGUGUGUAAUAUUCCUGUGCCUUUGAUAUGUAUCUAAUUUUCAUGAUUGCCCAAGCAAUCAUACACCACCUCAGUUUUGUAAAAUCCCACAUUGGAAACUAACCGAAUCAGAAUCCUACCUAUAUUUACAUCAUAGAAAUCAUUCAUAUACAUACAUGCAUCGAUUAACCCCGAAUUGUGAUCAGAAGAGCGAGCGAAAUGUUUUGUCAUUAUUUUAGUAGCGCUAAAUCAGAUGGCUUUACGUGUACACAACACAUACACAUACAUAUAUGUAUUUCGAAAGGCCCACGCAUAAGAUAUACACCUACCACAUAUGUCGAAAAAUAUAAUGUUAAUGUUGAAUCAAGUCUAGAAAGUGCAUUGCUAAUAACGAACCUAAUAUAAAUCUAGUACAUACAAGCAUAUAUCUAAUAUAUAUAAAUCUAUAUGUUUAUAGGCCACUUAGCACUUAAAACCAGUUGGUUUUUAAACAAAAUAUACAUAUAUAUAUAUCUAUUA